CAGUUCAGUGGAUAGAAAACUACACCCACAGUCAGUCAGUCAGUCAGCAGAUGUUCCUCGUCCUUUUCCCUCCUCGUGUCUUCUCUUCUCCUCUCCUCUUCCCCUCCCCUGCUCUCCUCUCGAAACCACCCCCCUUUUUAACUUCUGCUGGUCUGCUCCUCAGAAACUUUACCUUCAGAGCCUGCGAGAAAGAAAGAGCUGAAAACAACACUCCUGAGAGAAAUUCCUGCCCGGGCUUUCCGCUCUGCUCUUCUUCUGGACCCGCCGCUGCUCUCGGUCUGAGAGAAGGAGCUUCUGAGGGUCUGAGAGGAGUUCCUGGGCGAGCUGAGCUGGAGCUGGAGUUUUCAGCUGGUUCCUAACCUACAGCUGGCCGCUGUUUCUCCUGUCCUUCGCUCGACAUGUGGAUUUACAGAGCAGUGCGGGCAGAACUGAAGACGCGGAGAUGAGAGUGUGGAACUAACGAGCUCCAAGAUAAGCUCACUUAAUGAUCCAGAUCUUCUCAGAUCUUCUCGAUUCCUGACGGAGGGAUUUUGUGGAAUCAAUGUGGUUUCAUUGGAGAGGACGUGAGGUCCCAAACUCACCUCCACGGUAAGAGUCAGAGCUGAUACGUCUUGGGAGUGAUGCACUGGCUUCCCCUGGUUGCCAUGGUGAUCGCCUCGGCCCUGCUCUUCCUCCAGUGUCCUUUGCCCAGGCUUGUAACCCUGACGAUGGAAACUGGCAGCAACAUCCAAAGCAGUUCAUCUGCGGCCAACAACUUCAACAAUUCCCAUGGGGACUUCAACUCGAGUGCCAAUGAAACAGAAAGAGCACCACAUAGAACUGCAGACAACUACAGUCUGGAAGAUAACACCCUGUCAUCUUUUACAAAUGUGGAGUCUUUAGCCAAUAGGGAGCAAAGCCAGGAGACGCUGCUAGCCGAAAGAGACUUGGACAAAUCUAAGACAGCGGACCAGACAGACUUCAGAUCACAGGGUUCGAAAAGUCACGAGCACAAGACUCUUGAGGACUCUCGAGUUCUUACGAGCAACAAACCUCAAAGUGUACGUUUUCAGGAGGAUGGCAGCUUUGAGGGAGUUGGGACUGGGACUAGGGGUAGGAAGACCCUGUUGAAGGACAGGGACAAUGACAGAACACGGAGUAAGAAGAACCUGUUGAAGGACAGGGACAGCGAUAGGUCUCAAGGUAAGAAGACCUUGCAGCACGAGAGGGACAGCGAUGAGUCUCAAGGCAAAAAGGCUUUGCCGAAAGAUAGGAACAAUAAUGGGACAAUGACUCAGGGUAAGGAGCAUUUGAUCAAAGAUAAAGACAGUGAUAUGAGUCCUAGUACGAGGACCUUGCUAAAAGACCAAGACAACCAGGAGAACUCCAUUGUCAAUCAGCAGCUGCCAGAUUCGCAGCCUGUGGAGGCAGCUGGUGUUGAGGGUGUAGACAUUGAUUUGGCGUCUGCAGAAGGCCUGGAAAUGAGCAUCGAUGACAUCUUACAAGAAGAUGAGGAACUGCUUCUGCUGGCCUCCCAGCCAAGAGUCUUGUUCUCCACCUCCACUACACCUCCCAAACACCCUCCUCUACAGCUCCUGAUGGAGUCAGGACUCCUGCCCAGGGAGGAAGAGAACGAGGAGGAAUAUGAAGAACAGAGCAGUGCCGAUAUCGACAGGACGUUGCAGGAGGAAACAGCCAAGCCAGGCCAGGCCAGAGAUGGAGAGUCCUACAGAAACCUGCUUCUGGGUCUCUCGGACACUGACAGUCCCUCACCGGUGCUUCCACCGAGGCUGUCCCGCAAAAGACGUCAGGCAGGUCUGGAGGGUCGGGAGAGAGCAGCCUGUGAGUCUGUCAGCAUGUGGGUGACGGACAAGAAGACGGCAAUGGACUUCAGGAGGCGGAACGUCACCGUGGUGGAAUUCUUCGAGACCAAGAAGGGCAACAAGAUUGUGCAGCACUUCUACGAGACUAGGUGCCGCGGGUCUAAAGGCGGCAGGGAACCAACAGGGGAGCAUGGCAUGGCCGGGGGGGACUGCCUGGGAGUGGAUAAGAAGCACUGGUUGAGCGAGUGUCGGACUAAACAGGGAUACGUGAGGGCAUUCACCUCAGACAGCAAUGGGAGGUUGUCCUGGAACUGGAUCCGCAUAGACUCCUCCUGUGUGUGCGUGCUAAAGUCCAAAAACCACAGGAACCAGUGGCAGGGGCGAGGGACUAGAUGAGAGAGAGAUUUCUGUCUCCUUCACCCUCUGCCUCUUUCUCUCCACAAAGUCAGGUAGUAAGAGACAGAAAGGGAACAGAGAGGAAGAUGAAGAAAGAAUAAAAUAAAUGAAAUAUUGUGUGGGGUGGAUGAGAGAGGUGUUCACAAGGGUUGCCUGAUCGCAUGUUUGUCAGAAGAUUGCUAUUGGUAAUGUUAAGCCCUGCUCAUUUCUGAGGAACAGUAAAAACUGGUUUAAUUGCCUGCAGUGUAGGAGCUAUUUUAAAAUGGGAUUAGAACGGAAAUAACCCAACAGGCAUCGUUUAGAUCUGCAGAACCAGAGCAGUUAUGUCAGUUGCCUUUCAUCCUAGGUUGCCUUUCAUCCUAGUUGGCCUCAGAUAAAAAAA